AUGGCCUCCAAGUCCUUCACUCGUCUCAUCCGCUUCCUCGCCCGUGACGGCAAAACCUACUACGGCGACGCCCUCCUCCCCUCUGGCACAUCCGACAUCCGCGCCGCCAAACAAGCCCGCCUUAUUCAAGGUGACAUCUUCGGCACCCACAGCGUAACCGACACCGUCGAGGACAUCCGCCUCCUGCUCUCCCCCUUGGCACCAGAAGACGUCCGCACCGUCCGCUGCUUGGGUCUCAACUACGAGCAACACGCCCACGAAUCCAACAUGCCCAUCCCCACCUACCCCAUCCUCUUCUACAAGCCCGUCACCUCCCUAUCCGGCCCCACGGACCCGAUCCCCAUCUCGCGCCUCGCGCAGGAGGGCGAAGGCCUCGAUUACGAGUGCGAACUCGUCACUGUCAUCGGGAAGCGGUGUCGCGAGGUUAGCGAAGACAAGGCGUUGGAUUAUGUCCUUGGCUACGCGGUUGGUAAUGAUGUCUCUCAUCGCGAUUGGCAGAUUAAGCGCGGCGGAGGCCAGUGGAGCUUGGGUAAAGGGUUUGAUGGAUGGGCGCCCUUUGGGCCAGGCAUUGUUAGCAAGGAGUUGAUUCAGGAUCCGCAGACGCUCAAGAUUUCGACCAAGUUGAACGGGAAGACGGUGCAGGAGAGCAGUACCGCUGAUAUGAUCUUCAGCGUUAAGAAGACGAUUGCGUUCCUCAGCCAGGGAACAACGUUGUUGCCUGGUGAUGUUAUCUUUACUGGGACUCCCCAAGGUGUCGGCAUGGGCCGCAAGCCCCAGCUUUGGCUCAAGAACGGUGAUGUUGUCGAGGUGGAUCUGGAGAAGGUCGGUAGUUGCAAAAACAAGGUCGAGUUUGAGGCUUCUGGACCUGCUUCUAAGCUCUAA